GGCGUGCGGGAUCGGCUGUGCUGGGCGGCGGCGGCAGCGAACGGAGCGGCGGAACCGGAGCUCCCCGGUAGGUGCGGGGCGGGCAGCGGGGAUCCCCCGGGACGGGGCCGCUCGUGGGGCUCGGGGGUCGCGCUGCGGUUCGGUGGGAGAAUCCAUCGCAGGCAGCGAGGGGGGACGAGCGGCGUUACGCGGCGCUUUGGAGGAAGGGGAGCUGGAUGGGGACUUCAAUCUUUUCCUCGUGUGGCGAGCAGCAGUUUACCGGGGAGCGGGGAAGGCGCGGGAUGUUUGGGCGCAGUUUCUGAACAAUGGAAGAGCUCCGUAUGAAUGGAAGGUGACUUUUGGGGCUGACAUCGCACCGUCGGGCCGCGCUGUGCGGGGCUGUGCUGCGGUCGUUGGUUCAUUGAAUGGAGGCAGUGCCGCUGGCUCGGGGACACGGGGCUGCAGGUUGGACCCCAUUUGUUCUGUAGUAGAAAAGCAGUGAUGUCUCGCCGAAGGUUUUUGCUUAAACAUUCACUGUAUCAUUUGCACUGUAAAAGGCAGUAACUGUAUAGAAUUGUAGAACCGUUUGAGUUGGAAGAGACCCUUACAGGCCAUCUGGUCCCACUGCCCCGUGAUGAGCAGAGACACCUCCAGCUCCGUCAGGUGCUCAGAGCCCGUCCCAGUAGCGGGUCCUGGCAUUCAGAGCUCAGGGCUGAAUCGGGAUGGUUAUUUCCACUGAAGAGACAGGAGCUGCCCUUGGCCCAAGGAAUGCAAGUAGCUCUGCACCCCAGCGGAAUUAAACCAGCGUAUCGUUCCCCUCACCCCACAGCAAACAACCUCACGCUGUUGGUUUGGUGCCUGAAGCUGAGCGGAGGGCUGCUCUGCGGUAGGUUCUGUGCGGGGUGUGUGGGACUGCAGUCACCACAGUUUGGGCAGAAGAGCUCUGGCUGCCCUUGGCUGCCAGAUCCCAAAGCCCACGUUGUGUUCCUGGCCAGAAGUGAGGCUCCGACUUAUGGCAGUGCAGAGCCCUGCUCCCCCCGUUUGAUUUAUUCUGCUGCAUCACGGGGAACGAGUCAGCAUUGCUCCAGGAGUGAUGAGCUCCUCCAAAAGCCAACGUGCUGGGAGAAAGAGAACAGUGAUUUGUAUUAUCUUCCUACUCACAGCCGCAGGAAUGCACCCACAGCAGAGGCACCACAUCCUCCUGCCUGAGGGCAAAGACACCAAAACCCAGUGGGGAUGUGGGGUUGGGAUGGGGUGGGGAGAGGAUGCUGAGUGAGCUGGGAAAAGCCAUCGCAGCUUGACAGAGUGACUCAGGGACCUGAGGGCAGGGGCUGGGGGAGUGUGUGGUCUGGGUGGCAUUAUCUGGUCCCAGAGCUCAGCCUCUCGGGGCAGCCAAGCAGGGAUGCGGGUUGGAGUGCUGGGUGCUGGGUGUGGGAUGGGAGCGCUGGGUGCAUUGGCUUCACCAUGCGGCCACCGGGCUCGAGGCCAUCCCACAGCAGUGGGGUUCACCCUGCAGACAUCCCCAUCUGCCCCCCAUUGUUUCUAAGCCAGGAGAAAGUUCUGCUGUGUGUUUGUAGGCACUUUGUCCAAGGGGAGCAGAGUCUGGCCAGGGUUUGCUCAUCAGGGACUUCACAUUGCUCCCAUUCAGGAGGAUAAUAAAACUCCCCCUGAUGGUUUCCAUUUCCCUAUGGCUCUCAAUGAGCACUGGAAUGUGCCCUGAGUGUGGGGGACUGUGGGGCAGAAAGCUCUGCUGCAUCCUGUUUUUGCAGAGGGCUUUUCCUCUUAGCACUUGUAGUGAAAACAAACACGUGGGAGAACAAUGGGAUUUUUUUUUUCUCUUUUCCUCUACACUUUAAGCACAACAGAAAGGCCUAUUAAUAUUAAAUAAAGCGUCGUAACAAAAAGAAAAAAGGGGAUACCUACAGCCUUUGAGAGCUCCACGUGCUGCGGUCUGCCUCCGCUUCAUAGCAACGCCAAAUUUGAAGACCCUUUCAGAACUGGACCCAACCUUAUUGCUGUUCCCAUUGUGAAAAGCUGGAGGCUGAAGCGAUAACGCUCAGAACAAAGAGCACUUAGCAUAAGCAUUGAGUGUGUGCUAAAUAAACCGUGCUCGGCCUUCCCACUGCGUUGCUGGUGACAGCUCGCACGGCUGUGCCCUGCCCCGUAACACAGCACACAUCCCAUGGCCGUGGCUGGGAAAAGCGCCGCUGUCACCGAGCCCAGCUGCUGUCAGCAGCACGUGGUGGGAAUAUGGAUCUGGAAACAAACAGAUCAUUAGAGGGUGAGUUAAGGUUUUCUGAUUUAAUUCUAAACAUGCUGAGUGAGGGACCCAGAGAUGUGCGGUUCCAGGAGAGUGGCACCAUGAGGCCUUUCUCCUCCAAGGAACACCGGAAUUUACACGGGACGCAGCAGUGUGUGGGGUGACAAAGACAGUUCCAAUGGAAAACGUGAAGUUCCAUUUCUUCUGGAGGGCUGGGAAGACCGUUUGACGAGAAGUAACACUGCACUGAUGCAAGCUGUGCAUUAUUUCCUUCCUGGGAAUCACCCAUCAAUCCACAACGUCGUUAAAAAGUACUACCAUUUUCCAAUGGGGAAAUGGCACGGGGAGCAGCGAUGGGGCCGAGUUCUGCCUGCACUUGGCCUGUCCUGGCUGUAGCAGGGCUGGAACAGAAUGCACUGCCCACAGGGCUGGCAGUGGGGCCGGGGCGUGGGAGGAGGGCUGGGUGUGAGAUGCUGCACCCACGUGCUGCAGUGAAGCUCGUGCAGCCAGGCCUGUACCUCUGGAGGGUUUCUGCACUGCCUUCUCCCCCUACAUCCACGGAGAUGGAUGCAGGAAGGAUGCCCUGCGCUGCCCCAGCUCUGCAGGGACAGCUGUGAGGCAGUGUGUCCCUGUGUAUUUUGGCACGGCGGAGCCUUGUGCUCCCAGGGAAAAGGUCUUUUGGUCUGUCUCCCCUUCCCACAGCAGCUACCGUCCUGGCCCCGUGGCCAUGGGAUGGUGGUCUGGCCUGCUCGGCUGUGCUGAAGGGGAGCGGGGCAGGGUCUGGUGACAGCAGCACAUCGCCCACGGGGACAUGGAAGCCUUCAAGGGCCACUCCAGGAAAGCAGGAAGCCCCAGGGGAGGAGCAGGAGGGGUCCGAAGCUGGGCAGCUCCAUCACCCCACCAGGUCCAGGCGCUCACCCUUCCCUGCGCAUCACGGCCCCGCUGGGCUGUGGCCCCGUGUUCGGCCUCCGGCGCAGACAGCGAUGGUAUCGCAUUCACUUCUCAUUUCGGCGUGGGCACGGUGCCCAUGCAGUUACAGCACAGCUGACUCUGAUUUUCGUAUAGUUCAUUGUUUACUUAUGACUUACUAUAAAGUUGAGCUCGUCUUAUUUAUGAGCAGCCAUGAAGAGAUGGGAUUUCAUCCACUGGGUGAUGACUCAUUCAUUGGGUUGGACUCUCUAGCUCCUAAUACGUGACAUAUUUUGGACUAUUGGAUGAACAGGAUUUCUCUAUGAGCCCAAAUUAAAUGAGGUGAAUGGAAAUAAUUAGUUGUUUGUUUUUAAGACCGUGUUGUCGCGGGGUCUGUGCUGGGUCGGCUCCCUGCUUGUCCCCCCGUAAAUGUGUUUGGGGUCAGUGCUGGGGCUGCCGGCCCCGUUCCUGCUGCACGGGGGAGGCCUGAGCAGCACAGCAGCAUUUGGUACUUUCUAUGAGCUUUAAUGACCGCGGCAUUACUUGUGCUGCUGCAAACAAUUUGAGAAGCUAAUUUGUAAAAUUGCUCAUAAAAAUCUCAUGUUCUUUCUGUAAUCAUAAAGCUCCUCUGCUAGAAAAAAAAAGAGCUACAAAUCUCCUGAAACAGCCGCUCGGUGGGAGAGCUGCUCUGCCCUGGCUGUGCUUUGCCUCCCGUGGCCGCAGUGCUGCCAGGGAACGUCGCGGGCAGGGCUCACACGGACACAGGUAUCGCUCCCAGCCGUGGCCCUAUGACAUGUGGCGGCCUUUGGUUGGGAUUUACACCCCGAGCCCCACUCUCAGGAUGCUCCCCAGCCCGGCGCGCUGGCGGAUUGCCGCGAGGCAGUGGCAGGGCGUGUGGGGGACUCGCCAUGACAUAACCGCAUUCCUGCGGCAUUAGGAGAUAUUCCCAGGCGCAGCAGGGGCAGCACAUCCCCUUCCCUGCCUCCCGCCGAGCCGCUGCCUUUCUCAAGGCAUGGGGAGAGCAGCCCAGCUCGCCGCCUGCCUUGGGCUGGGAGCUGCGGUGUGCGGGAUUUCCACCAAAGCGAGCUGCGCGCAAGUUCCGCCGGGGCUUGCUUGUCCCGUGCUGCAAGGAGCAGCCAUAGGGAGCUUUGGUGUGAGCCCCGCGAUGGCCCGGGGUGCCCGCAGGCAUCCCUGGCCCCGGGCACAGUGGCAGUAGAUGGCAGCAUUGCAGAAUAUUUCACUGGGGGUUUCGGACUCCUGGGGCACAGGGCAGGGUGCUCAUCCUUUCCUUCCCACCCGCAGCCCCACUGCCAAGAUGCCACGCUGGGGCAUGGGGCCGUGUGCCUUUGUUCUCCUAGGAUGGCAGCUGAGUGUGCUUUGUGCUGCUUUGCACUCCUGGGGCUGGCAUGCACCCAGGAGGCAAGCAUUGGAGGUGCCUGGUGCCCACAGCACACCCAUGUGCUGGUUGGUGCCUCAGAGAGGGCGGUGGUGGGGCCCCGGGAGCUCUGCUCCUCAUGGGCUCACUGGGGGCACGGCUGGGCCUCCUCUGUGCUGCUGCAAGCCAUGUGAGGCUGAAGUCACCCACCCAAAACUGCCGGCUCUGCCCUUCCCUUUUCUCUUUCCGUUGCAGCAAUGAGGCAUUCAGGACGAGGCUGUGGGGACCACUCUCCAAUAAGGGCCUCAGGCCAUGCCCCAACCCCCUUACACUUCAUUCUUGCUGCCUCCAGGUUAGCAGGACCACAAGGGUGAUUUCCCCUCCACCAGCUGCUCUGCUGGGGUUUUAGCCAGCAGGGAGCAAGAGAACACAUGGUUUAUUAAGCAAACGUUCCUUGCUGGGAGCGCUGUGCCAGAUGUCUGCCGAGCAGGGCCGUGCCCAUUACCCAGUAAGGCUGAAUUGCCCUUUGAGAUGCACAGGAGUUUGAUUGAAAGGGAUCUAUUUGUAUGAUUUGGUCCCUUUCAAUCCAACAGCAUGUGAUCGGGCUCGUUGUCGCCAUCAUCUCCCCUUUCAGCUCUGCAGGCACACGGAGCAGGAGGCACAGCUGCUGCCUCCACCAGCAGCACCGCCCUGAUGCUGCUGUCUCCCAAGAGCUUGCAUUGUUCUAAGCUGGUGCCCUUGGAGUUGCGUUGCAAAGGCCAAGCAGUCCCAUUAUCCCCAUUUUACAGCAGGGACAUGAAAGUCACAGGCUUUGCCCUACAACUAUCCUCCUAUCACAGGGUGCUGCGGGGCAGAGCUGAGCCACAGGACACCACUGUGACGCUGACAUUAACAUUAACAUGGAUGAUUACAUGAUCUUAGCGGUCUCUUCCAACCUUAAUGAUUCAAUGAUUAAUAUUGGCUGUUAGCAGCAAUCACGUGGAGGGGGUGCUGGCUUGAGGUCAGCCACUGCAAUACUGUGUUUUUAAAGGUUUGCUCCCUUUUGAGCCGAGCAAUGCCCCCAGAUACGUGGCCUCCCAUACACAGAGCCAUUAGUGCAGGAAGUCAAACACGCUAAUUGCUGGGCUGGAUGGAGCCCAGGUGCCAGCACCUCAUGGCUGAGCAGCAGAACAAUGCGCUGCCAUUGUGUCCCCGUACUCCAGCAGAGCCUUAUCGGCCCUCCGAGGGGCUCAUAAAGCAGCUUGCACAGCAGCCUGCGGCCUUCAGGCUUCUUGUUUCUGUCUCAGAAUAGGUUUUGUGAGAAAUAUUUAAAAAUAAAAAAAAAAAAGAAGAGUGAUGUCAGCCUUUUGCAGAAAGCAAAACCAUGUAAAGUAUUCUUUGGUUUGAUUAUUCACCGUCAGGAGAGCAGCACAGGGAUCACGGAAUGACCCCCUGCUUUCAGCUGCCUAUAGCUCAACAAUAUUACUUACGCUACACAGAAGGGCUUUGGAUCGCUUAGGAAUGUGUUCCCCUGGAAAGCAUUCCUCCCUGUGCUUCACCCGGCUGUGAAUGGCCAAAGGCAGCACUCAUCACGGACUAGAGCAGCCACAGGCAUGGGUCGAUGGUUGGACAAGGUGGUCUUAGUGGUCUUUCCAGCCUUAAUGAUUCUACGAUUCAUCUCUAUCCCAGGUUAAAGCAACCUGUGGAGCUGGCAGGGGUGAGAUGUAUUCUGAUCUCACACCGUCCUUCUUAGGAGCUCCGACUCCUGGAGGAAAAGCACAAGGAGAGCUCAAACUCCAAAAAACAUCCAUACUAUCUCAGCAAGAGAGCUGGGGUUAAUCUGAAUGCAAAUAGGAGUAGCAGGUAAAGCAGGAGGUAACCACAGCGCCUGCAGCAAUCUGAUACGGGCAGGAAGCCACGAUUAGAUGCACACUGGAGCAUUGUGCUUCUUGUAUCAGCUCUGGCUUCACAGCUCGUGAAAUCAGAUCCUGAGCUGUUUUAAAAACAAGUUACUAUUUGAAAUCAUUUGUUGACUUGUCGAGGGCUGCUGAGCCGAGAGGGCUGCGCUGUGCUCCGGGUCCUGGAGGGGUCCCCGGGGGCUGAAGUGGGGCACCGCAGAGGUUCUGCCAAGAGAGGGAUGCCCACCCACGGCUCAGGGAGCACAUUUCUCACUUAAAACCACAUUCGCAGAGUGGAAGUAAAUGAAACACUCUCUUCCUCAGAUGUCGGUUCCCCCUCUGCUCCUUAUGCACCCAGAAAAAGGGAUGGGCUUGGCAGCACUGCCAUAGGAACCAGCAGCGAGCAGGUCUGGGGUAAGAGAUGAGGUGAAUUCCCAAAUGAGACACACUCCCAGGGAACGUCCAUGCCAGACGGGUCCCAGUGUGGUUGCCUCCCUGAUCUCAGCUGCCGUGGGACAGGAAAAAGCAGGAGCAGACUUGCUGUGGGGCCACUUCCAGCCCGUGUCAGAAACGGCCUUAAAUCCCAGCUGUGAGGCUCCCCGGGAUGCAGCGCUGUGAGUUCUGGCACAGCCCCGCGUCUGCCAGAUGGAUGGCUGCUCCUGGCACCAUUUCCAGCUUCUGGAUACAUACAUAAUGCAGCGAGACCUCUACAUACAGAAGAAAAAUCAUGUUCUUCCAGGCACGGGCAGAUGAAAAAGUGCCCCACACACAGCUGCUACUGCAAGCAACCGCCGCCUAAGUAGGAAAAUGAUGGAUUUCCAGGGCAAAGUCCUGCAUUUCUCAGCAUAUUUCUAGAGAUUUCUCUCUGACAGACAUCCCUCUGCCCCAUUUGGGUUGGACCGUCACUGCAUGCUCCCACACUGCUGUCUUCACAAUCCCGGAUAAAAAAAGGGAGGAGGAAAAUAAAAGCUGGAAAACCUCAGAACAAGUCGUAUCAGAUGUCCUACCAAUAUUUGUAUAACGCAGAACUUUGCUGCUGAAUAAGGAAAUGCAGCCCAUGACGCAACCCGUUGAAUUCAUGCUUUGACUUGAACGACGUGCCUCAGCUUCGCUCCGCUUGAUAGGGCUCGUGGUAAGGAAAGGAGAGGCCUAAUGACUGCUUCAUCAAUAGAGAAGUAACACUUCUAUUGUCUUCUGAAACUCAGCAAAUAGCGCAUGGGGAGGAGGAAAGGAACGGUGUGCUUGGGAAGCUUGGGGCGGGAGGUCAGAGCCCCGGUGGCGGCGGGGUGAUGCCACACGCAGUGCCUUGGCCACACUGGGGCUGUGGGGUUGUGCAGCCUCAGGAGGUGUUAAUUCUGCCCCUUGUCCUCCUAGCAACAAAAUAAGCUGUUGCUGAGUAAGGCGUAGAGCAGGGACGUGCCCAGUGCCCCAGAUGGAGGACAUCUCAUGGGGCGGCCCAGUUCAGAGGAGGCAGCAGCACACUGUCACAAGGCCAGGAUGUGCUCGGUUGCUGGGGAGCAGACCCCGUUAGUCACCGUCAUGCUCUGUGUCAGCACAGCCAUGCAACCACUCCCACACCCUUCUGCUUUUGCAAGGGAGGCGCAGAAAGUCCCGUCCUGCAUGCACAGCCAGCAGUCAGAGCUGCUGCACCCACUGCCAGCGUGCUCCAACAGCACAGGGGGGUCCCACGGCACACCUGCAGGGCACUGAAACUGGGGAUGGGUAAUGAGCGCUGAGGUUUGAUGUCCAUGAAGGGUUAUCACUGAUUCUCCGAGGGCAGCAGCAGCCCCAUGAGGGCUGGCCAGCUUUUACGGACCUCUCAAGCUUAACUGAUGCUGUUGUGAAUUCACAUUGCCUGCUGCCGUGCUCUCUUUUGGGACAGUCUGCAAUGUCUUUUUGCAAAACACAAGACACAAAAAGUGCCAUCGCGACUCCUUCUGUGUGUCAGUGCUGCAUCUGCAGAAUAUCCUGAGCGGCCCCCUGGCAGAACAGUGGAUACAGGGCAGUGGAGGAGCUCUGCUGUUGAACAAAUAGGGUCUUUUAAAGCCUAUUCUUGCAGCAAAUUAUCUUAAAGAGGGAGGAAAAUAUUUUUAAAGCACUGCUGCUUUCCUGAAACCGCUGACGGAGAGCUGAACAAUCCAUGACAGUGUUCUUCCUUCCUUAUAUCUGCAUCUAAUGAGCAAAGGAAGAGCCGGGAUGGAAAGUUCCUUGUCAGACGGGGCAAGAAAAAAGCAUUCAUUGCAGUGUGUGGUGUUGAAAUAAUCUCCCCCCUCUCUGCACACGUCCACGCAAUCACACAGACAUUUAUCUGUACAAAUGCACAUUCUGCAGGGCAUUUAUUAGUUCAUUUGUAGUAAUACACGGUGCUGGGAUGGUACUCCAGCGAGGACAGAUCCAUGGGGUAGCUUGUUUUCACUUCUCUGGCUGCUGAUAAAACUUGAAACAUGUUCACUUAUGCUAAAAUGUUUAAUUUCAAACUAAAGCUGGUUUCCAGGCCAGAUGUGACCCCCGGAACAGCCUGACCUGGCCUCUCCCAUGGGCUGCAGAGGACCCAGCUUGCAGCGAGGCCUGGGCAUGGCGUCAUUAGAGUGCAUUGCUGGGUGCUGGAGGGGGAAGGAACUAAAAUUAAAGUGUUACAAGCAAUCUGUUAGUCCGGAUGUGGAGUGGUUGCUAAUAGUCCCAGCCCAGGCCAAAGUCAAUAUGCAAUUAGCAUCUAUCAAGAGACGAAGUGGAGAACAGCCCUUGCAGGAGGCUCACCCACCGCUCCCAGCCUGCACCAGCUGGGUUGGACCAGCACUGUGGUGCCACGAGAUGGGCCUCGGUGCAUUACAUCUGAUCUCUGGUUCUGAGAUGUUCGUAGAGCAGGAGGCAGCGACGGGAGCACACGUCUGCCUCCCACUUCACCCAGCCUCCAUCUGCACUCCUUCCCUACGUGUCACGGACAGAUCUAUCGAAUAGAGCUUAGAGUCUGCACAGCGAGACCACAGUGCCGCGGGGUAAUAGGGACAUUCGAUCAGGACUCUCGGGUAGAAUCACUGGAAACGCGUCUCCUGAUUUUAGAGGAGGGCGGCUACGGUCGUUUAAUUAAAUUAGAUUUACUGAUUGCACGUUAAUGGGUUUGCUCCUCCGGCAGGCUCCCAUCCCUCGGCGUGUGAGCGGCGACACGCGGACACCGCGCCCGGAGCCGGCGGAGCUGUGCCAGGAGCAGCCGCGGCGGGCGGCGCGCGGCCGGGCGGGACCGGGGGCGGAGCGGCGGCGGCGGGGGCGGAGCGGGGCAGCGCCAUGAGCACGCAGGCGCGGGGCCAGGGCGGGCGCAGAGCGGCCGAUCCCGACGGCGAGAUGCCGGCCACCGAGAAGGACCUGGCGGAGGACGCGCCCUGGAAGCGGAUCCAGCAGAACACCUUCACCCGUUGGUGCAAUGAGCACCUGCGCUGCGUCAACAAGCGCAUCGGCAACCUGCAGCACGACCUGAGCGACGGGCUGCGGCUGAUCGCGCUGCUCGAGGUGCUCAGCCAGAAGCGCAUGUACCGCAAGUACCACCAGCGGCCCACCUUCCGCCAGAUGCAGCUGGAGAACGUCUCCGUCGCCCUCGAGUUCCUGGAGCGGGAGAGCAUCAAGCUGGUCUCCAUCGAUAGCAAAGCCAUAGUUGAUGGAAACUUGAAGUUGAUCCUUGGUCUGAUAUGGACCCUUAUCCUCCACUACUCGAUUUCCAUGCCUGUGUGGGAGGAUGAAGGUGACGAUGAUGCAAAGAAGCAGACUCCCAAGCAAAGGCUGCUGGGCUGGAUUCAGAACAAGAUCCCUUACCUGCCCAUCACAAACUUCAAUCAAAACUGGCAGGAUGGCAAAGCACUCGGGGCUCUCGUUGACAGCUGUGCUCCAGGCCUGUGCCCUGACUGGGAGACCUGGGACCCAAGCAAGCCUGUUGACAACGCUCGCGAGGCCAUGCAGCAGGCAGAUGACUGGUUGGGUGUGCCGCAGGUUAUUACUCCUGAGGAAAUUAUCCACCCUGAUGUGGAUGAACACUCUGUAAUGACUUACCUGUCACAGUUCCCUAAAGCCAAGCUGAAGCCAGGAGCUCCUUUAAAACCCAAACUGAAUCCAAAGAAAGCAAGAGCUUAUGGCAGAGGAAUUGAGCCUCAUGGGAACAUGGUGAAGCAGCCUGCCAUCUUCACGGUAGACACCAUCAGUGCUGGGCAGGGAGACCUGAUGGUCUUUGUAGAGGAUCCAGAAGGAAACAGGGAAGAGGCGAAGAUAAUGCCAUCCAGUGACAAAAACAAGACCUAUUCUGUUCAGUAUGUGCCAAAGGUUACUGGACCUCACAAGGUUUCGGUUCUAUUUGCUGGACAACACAUCUCAAAGAGCCCUUUUGAAGUGAACGUUGACAAAGCCCAGGGAGAUGCAAGCAAAGUAACAGCAAAGGGACCAGGACUGGAGGCAACAGGAAACAUUGCCAACAAGCCUACCUACUUUGACCUGUACACAGCAGGUGCUGGCGUGGGUGACGUGAUCGUGGAAGUGGAAGAUCCUCAGGGAAGAUGCCUUGCUGAAGUUGCAGUAGAAGACAAAGGCAACCAAGUCUAUCGUUGUGUCUACAAACCUGUCCAAGCCGGUCCUCACGUUGUCAAAGUGACUUUUGCGGGGGAGGCAAUUCCCAAAACUCCUUGCAGUGUUCUCAUUGGAGAGGCCUGCAAUCCGAAUGCUUGUCGUGCCACCGGUAGAGGCCUGCAGCCCAAAGGCGUCCGCAUCAGAGAAACAGCCGACUUCAAGGUUGAUACGAGAGCAGCAGGCAGUGGAGACCUUGGGGUGACUAUCAAAGGACCAAAGGGCUUGGAGGAGCUUGUGAAACAGAAAGGCUUUAUGGAUGGUGUAUAUGCGUUUGAAUAUUAUCCAGCUACCCCAGGGAAAUACGUUGUCACGAUUACGUGGGGGGGACACAACAUCCCAAAAAGCCCCUUCGAAGUGCACAUAGGUCAUGAAGCAGGCCCUCAGAAAGUACGAGCCUGGGGGCCAGGACUGCACGAAGGGAUUGUGGGCAGGUCGGCUGACUUCGUGGUGGAGUCCAUUGGCACAGAAGUUGGUUCUCUUGGCUUUGCGAUAGAAGGUCCUUCUCAGGCUAAAAUAGAAUGUGAUGACAAGAACGAUGGCUCAUGCGAUGUGAAGUAUUGGCCCAAAGAGCCUGGUGAAUACGCUGUGCACAUCAUGUGUGAUGAUGAAGACAUCAAGGACAGCCCUUACAUGGCCUUCAUCCGACCAGCAUCGGGAGACUUCAACCCGGAUAAGGUGAGGGCUUACGGUCCAGGCUUGGAGAGAAGCGGCUGCAUAGUGAACAAUCCUGCUGAGUUCACAGUUGAAACCAAGGAUGCUGGGAAAGCACCUCUGAAGAUAUAUGCACAGGAUGGAGAAGGAAACCCUAUUGAUAUCCAGAUGAAGAGCAAGCCUGAUGGUGUGUUUGCCUGUUCCUAUGUGCCAGUUAAACCAAUCAAACAUACCAUUUCUAUAGUCUGGGGAGGAGCCAACGUGCCCAGUAGCCCAUUUAGGGUCCUGAUAGGUCAGGGGAGCCAUCCUCAGAAAGUGAAGGUGUUUGGGCCUGGCGUGGAGAGAACUGGCCUGAAAGCGAGCGAGCCAACUCACUUCACUGUUGACUGCACAGAUGCUGGAGAAGGUGAUGUCAGCGUUGGAAUUAAAUGUGAUGCUCGUGUGGUCAGCGAUGAGGAGGAAGACAUAGAUUUUGACAUUAUCCACAAUGCUAACGAUACGUUCACAGUGAAGUAUGCACCACCUGCUGCCGGGCGCUACACUAUUAAAGUGCUUUUUGCAGGAGAGGAAAUUCCUGCCAGUCCUUUCAGAGUUAAAGUGGACCCCUCUCAUGAUGCCAGCAAAGUGAAAGCCGAAGGACCUGGGCUGAGCAAAACUGGUGUGGAAAAUGGCAAGCCAACACACUUCACUGUGUUCACCAAGGGAGCUGGGAAGGCGCCGCUGGAUGUGCAGUUCAGCAGUCCUGUGCCAGGAGAGGUGGUAACAGAUGUGGACAUCAUUGACAACUACGACUAUUCCCACACUGUCCGGUACACUCCAAUACAGCAGGGACCGAUGAAGGUUUUGGUAACGUACGGUGGAGAUCCUAUCCCUAAAAGCCCUUUCACUGUGGGAGUUGCUGCUCCGCUAGACUUGAGCAAAGUUAAAGUCAAUGGGCUUGAAAACAGAGUGGAAGUAGGGAAGGAUCAGGAAUUUGUAAUUGACACCAGAGGAGCUGGUGGACAAGGUAAACUGGAUGUUAAUAUUUCCAGUCCUAUGAGGAAAGCUGUGCCAUGUCUGGUGGAGCCAGUUCUGGGUAAGGAGUGCAGUACAGCAAAAUACAUCCCAAGGGAGGAAGGAUUGUACGUGGUGGAUGUGAGCUACGAUGGCAAUCCAAUCCCAGGCAGCCCCUAUACUGUGGAGGCCACUCUGCCUCCUGAUCCCUCCAAGGUAAAAGCUCACGGGCCAGGUCUUCGAGGAGGCCUGGUUGGAAAACCAGCUCAAUUCACAAUAGAUACCAAAGGGGCAGGAACUGGAGGUUUGGGUUUGACGGUGGAGGGCCCAUGUGAAGCUAAGAUUGAAUGCUCGGACAACGGUGAUGGAACCUGCUCUGUAUCCUAUCUGCCUACCAAGCCUGGAGAGUACUUCGUAAACAUCCUCUUUGAAGAGGUUCACAUUCCUGGUUCACCAUUCAAAGCAGACAUAGAAAUGCCAUUUGACGUCUCUAAAGUCAUUGCCACAGGACCAGGUCUUGAACGUGGCAAAGUAGGUGAGGCAGGGCUGCUGAAUGUUGACUGUACGGAAGCGGGUCCUGGUAACCUGCGGGUAGACAUGGUGUCGGAUACUGGUUCCAAAGCUGAGAUCCAGAUUGAUGAUAACAAGGAUGGGACCUAUGUUGUGACAUAUGUGCCGCUCUCGGCUGGCAUGUACACAAUCAAGAUGAAAUACGGAGGAGAGCAAGUGCCUAAAUUCCCUGCCCGGGUCAAAGUGGAGCCAGCUGUGGACACAAGCAGAGUUAAAGUGUUUGGGCCAGGAGUGGAAGGGAAAGAUGUCUUCCGAGAAGCUACAACAGAGUUCACUGUGGAUGCCCGACCUCUAACGAAAGCUGGUGGUGACCACAUCAGGACACAGAUCACAAGCCCGUCCGGCUCCCCCACAGACUGUCAGAUCCAGGACAAUGCUGAUGGGACAUAUGCAGUGGAGUACACACCAUUUGAAAAGGGUCCGCACACAGUCAAUGUAACAUAUGAUGGCGUGCCUGUGCCAAACAGUCCCUUCAGAGUGAAUGUGACGGAGGGCUGCCAUCCAUCACGUGUGAAGGCACAAGGACCUGGACUCAAAGAAGCUUUCACAAAUCAGCCAAAUGCCUUUUCGGUUGUCACCAGAGGGGCAGGAAUUGGUGGCCUUGGAAUAACUGUUGAGGGACCUUCAGAGUCUAAAAUCAGCUGUAAAGACAACAAGGAUGGGAGCUGCAGUGCUGAGUACGUUCCUUAUGUUCCAGGAGACUACGAUGUCAAUAUUACAUAUGGGGGAGAGCAUAUUCCUGGCAGCCCUUUCAAGGUUCCUGUGAAGGAUGUUGUGGAUCCCAGCAAGGUGAAGAUUGCAGGACCAGGCCUGGGAACAGCUGUUCGAGCCAAAGUCCCGCAGUCCUUUACUGUGGACACCAGCAAGGCAGGAGUGGCACCCCUGGAGGUGGUGGUGGCAGGACCCAGAGUGGAUGAGACGGAUUCCCAGGGAUGGCGCUCUCCAUUGAAAAACAGUUCGGAUUUUCCUAAGGGUGAUCCAAAGGGUGACACUGCAACAGGAAUUGUGGAGCCUGUUAAUGUAGUAGACAAUGGAGAUGGCACCCACACAGUGGUGUACACCCCUACACAGGAGGGACCAUACAUGAUCUCUGUCAAAUAUGCAGACGAAGAGAUUCCUCGCAGUCCCUUCAAGGUGAAGGUGCUUCCUACAUAUGAUGCCAGUAAAGUGACAGCGAGUGGACCAGGACUCAGUUCCUAUGGCAUACCAGCCAGCCUGCCUGUGGAGUUUGCUGUGGAUGCCAAAGAUGCCGGGCAGGGACUUCUCACUGUGCAGAUAACUGACCAAGAGGGCAAGCCCAAGAGAGUGGACAUUCACGACAACAAGGAUGGCACAUACACAGUGACCUAUGUCCCUGACAAAACGGGCCGCUAUACAAUUGGUGUGAAGUACGGUGGGGAUGACAUCCCAUCCUCUCCCUACCGAAUCCGGGCAUCUCCAGCGGGGGAUGCCAGCAAGUGUUUGGCCACAGGUCCUGGAAUUGCGCCCACGGUGAGGACUGGUGAGGAGGUUGGUUUUGUGGUAGACGCCAAAUCAGCAGGGAAGGGAAAAGUGACGUGCACUGUCCUGACGCCAGAUGGGACAGAAGCUGAGGCAGAUGUUGUUGAAAACGAGGACGGGACUUACGAUAUCUUCUACACUGCUGCCAAGCCAGGAACCUACGUGAUUUACGUCCGCUUCGGUGGGGUGGACAUUCCCAACAGCCCUUUCACUGUGAUGGCUGUAGAUGCAGAUGAUGCUGCUGUGCGGUCGCAGGAGACAGUGGCUGCGUCCCCCCCUGGAUUCCGCCCUUGGGUCACAGAAGAGGCUUACGUACCGGUUGGCGACAUGAACGGCAUGGGAUUCCGUCCCUUCGAUAUGGUUAUCCCCUUUGCUGUAAGGAAAGGAGAAAUAACAGGUGAAGUACACAUGCCCUCUGGAAAGACUGAUACACCAGACAUUGUGGAUAACAAGGAUGGCACUGUAACAGUGAGAUAUGCUCCUACAGAAGUGGGCCUGCAUGAGAUGCACAUAAAAUACAUGGGAAAUCACAUCCCGGAGAGCCCUCUACAGUUCUAUGUGAAUUAUCCAAACAGCGGCAGUGUGUCUGCUUAUGGGCCUGGCCUCAUUUAUGGGGUUGCCAAUAAACCAGCAACCUUUACCAUUGUCACAGAAGAUGCAGAGGAAGGUGGACUGGACUUGGCUAUUGAAGGACCUUCCAAAGCAGAGAUCAGCUGCAUCGAUAACAAAGACGGCACAUGCACAGUCACCUACCUGCCUACUCUACCUGGGAACUACAGCAUACUGGUCAAGUACAACGACAAGCACAUCCCAGGCAGUCCAUUCACAGCCAAGAUUACAGAUGAUAACAGAAGACGGUCCCAAGUUAAGCUUGGAUCUGCUGCUGAGUUUUUGUUGGAUAUCAACGAGACUGAUCUCAGUCUCCUGACAGCUAGCAUUAAGGCCCCAUCAGGUCGUGAUGAGCCUUGUCUUCUGAAGAGGCUGCCCAACAACCACAUUGGUAUCUCAUUCAUUCCACGGGAAGUAGGAGAACAUCUGGUUAGCAUCAAGAAAAAUGGGAACCACGUACCAAACAGCCCUGUGACAAUCAUGGUGGUCCAGUCUGAGAUAGGAGAUGCCAGACGAGCAAGAGUUUAUGGACGUGGUUUGGUAGAAGGGCGAACCUUUGAAAUGUGUGACUUCAUUGUAGACACAAGAGAUGCAGGUUAUGGUGGGAUCUCACUGGCAGUUGAAGGACCCAGCAAGGUAGAUAUCCAAACUGAAGACCUAGAAGAUGGAACUUGCAAAGUAUCUUAUUUUCCAACUGUACCUGGCGUGUACAUUGUGUCCACUAAAUUUGCAGAUGAACAUAUUCCAGGCAGCCCAUUUACUGUGAAGAUAAGUGGUGAGGGAAGAGUUAAGGAGAGCAUCACACGAACAAGACGGGCUCCCUCUGUUGCAACAGUUGGAAGCAUAUGUGAUCUAAACCUAAAAAUCCCAGAAAUUGACUGUGGGGACAUGACGGCCCAGGUAACUAGUCCCUCUGGAAGAAACUCUGAUGCAGAAAUAGUAGAAGUUGACAAAAACACCUACUGUGUCCGCUUUGUGCCGCAAGAAAUGGGGGUCCACACGGUGGAUGUCAAAUACAGAGGGCAGCCCGUGCCAGGCAGCCCCUUCCAGUUCACCGUGGGGCCGCUCGGCGAGGGAGGAGCCCAUAAAGUGAGAGCUGGAGGCCCAGGGCUGGAGCGUGGAGAGACGGGUGUCCCAGCUGAGUUCAGCAUAUGGACACGGGAGGCUGGAGCUGGAGGACUGUCCAUUGCUGUAGAAGGUCCAAGUAAAGCAGAAAUUGCCUUUGAAGACCAUAAAGAUGGAUCUUGUGGUGUAUCUUACAUAGUUCAAGAGCCAGGCAACUAUGAGGUGUCCAUAAAGUUCAAUGAUGAGCACAUUCCUGAAAGCCCCUACCUGGUUCCCAUCAUCGCCCCGUCUGAUGAUGCUCGCAGGCUGACUGUCACUAGCCUUCAGGAGUCUGGAUUAAAAGUUAAUCAGCCGGCAUCCUUUGCUAUAAGGCUGAACGGGGCAAAGGGCAAGAUUGAUGCUAAAGUCCACAGCCCCUCCGGAGCUGUAGAAGAGUGCCAUGUGUCUGAGCUGGAGCCAGACAAAUACGCCGUUCGGUUUAUCCCCCACGAAAAUGGCAUCCACUCCAUCGAUGUGAAGUUCAACGGGAGCCACGUGGUGGGCAGCCCCUUCAAGGUGCGUGUUGGUGAGCCCGGCCAGGCGGGCAACCCCACGCUCGUCACGGCGUAUGGACCAGGCCUGGAGAGCGGCACCACGGGGUUGCAGUCGGAGUUUUUCAUUAACACGACCAAGGCUGGUCCAGGUACCCUCUCUGUUACAAUUGAAGGGCCAUCAAAGGUGAAAAUGGACUGCCAGGAAACUCCAGAAGGUUACAAAGUCAUGUACACACCCAUGGCUCCAGGAAACUAUUUAAUUGGAGUUAAAUAUGGUGGACCUAACCACAUAGUGGGCAGCCCCUUCAAGGCAAAGGUUACAGGACAGCGACUGGUCACCCUGGGCAGCGCAAACGAAACCUCUUCCAUCAUGGUAGAGUCGGUGACAAGGUCGUCGACCGAAACGUGCUAUAGCGCCAUUCCCAAAUCCACCUCAGAUGCCAGCAAAGUGGUUUCCCGGGGAGCGGGACUCUCAAAGGCUUUUGUGGGUCAGAAAAGCUCCUUCUCUGUGGACUGCAGCAAAGCAGGUUCAAAUAUGCUGUUAGUCGGCGUCCACGGACCCACAAUCCCGUGUGAAGAGGUAUCCAUCAAGCAUCUGGGCAACCACCAGUACAACGUGACGUAUGUGGUGAAGGAGAGGGGCGACUACGUCCUGGCGGUGAAGUGGGGGGAUGAGCACAUCCCUGGGAGCCCCUUCCAUGUCACGGUUCCCUAAAGCCACCCCGCGUCCGUCGGUCUGUACGUUCACAGCUCGGCCGUAGAGUUUCACUGGGUGCAGUCCUGUUGCAAAUUGCAGUAUCUAGAUACCCACGGCACACAUUUCAGUACACUCAGAAGUAACUUCUGUAACGUUUUUACAAGCAUUUCACUUCUGUCCUACUUAGCAACAUAACACGAAUCUAUUUAAUGUCCUCCUCAAAUCGUACCUUUGCAGUGCUGUCCCGGUCACUGCUGAUGUUUGGAGAAUCAUGGAUAACUAGACACUAAUUUCCCUUGUGGAUGUUAAAGACUUUAGCUGUUAAUUGAAAACUGGAAUUUGUCUUUGUAAUUGGGUAUCUUAACUACUGAUUUUAUUUGACUGGAGACUUUACAUUUUAGUUAUGGAAUAUGACUUGGGCUGUCCCCAGUUCAAAUUCUUUUCUGUAAAGAAAUGAGAUGAAACUGGUACUAUGAUAGGUGCCUUUGUAUACUUGAUCCAUUUUAACGCUUAACAUUAUAGAAGGCUACUAAAAGUGGCUGCACCACUCCAAUUUGAAACAUUUUGGAAAAUGCUUUGCUAAUGGUUUACAUUUAGGAAAAGUCUUAUCUCUUGCAGCAGACCAAAAGCAGACUGAAAAUUGCUUCCUGGGCGCUUUCAGCCUUUAUGUUAACGCGCGGUAAAUCCGUACCGGUAGCUUUUUGGCCACGAUGCUAGCAAUGUGUUUUUUAGUUAGCUCGGGAUUCUGGAGAAAUUCCCCAAGCUUUGUUUUACAGGUAACUCCCAACUUCUUAAGAACAUCCCCAGGUUGGCUGGGUUCAGUAGAGCCCUUAGCUUGCCUUGUCAGUCCUGUUCUCAUCCGAGCAGCCCGCAGUCCACGCAGGUUGGAGCAUGGCAGCGUAUGGCAUACUGGAGGCUGCUGGCUGUUGAGUGAGGUGAUGCAAAGGCAGCCUGGGGAUGGAACCAUGUUGUACUCGGGUAUUGGGGGGGGAGGGUGGGUGUGUAAAUCUGCUGGUAGCAGCAAAAUGAACCAACAAACCUUGCUUGCUGCAAGCCAUUUUAUUCUGUCUCAGUCCGAGGACGUGCCCAAGUCAUGCUCAUCUUCUCUGAAAUUCUCUGCCGUGCUGUGGAGGGAAUUCCUGCCUGGGCUCAAGGAGUGAAAACUUCCGUUGUGAUUCGUGUGUUUGUCCUGGGUGACUCAAUACUGCUUUCCAAGUGCGUAUCUGAAUCGCUGUCAGCUGCUGGGGCUUUAGUACAGCUCUCCACGUGAGCUUUAACUCUGCAAUUAGGAGAAGGUAGGAUUUGUUGAGAACCUGUUGAAACGUCACUGUCUGUCCCUAUGGAGAAGUUCAUGCUUACAGUCCGUAGUUACGUUGGAUGCACUACCCUCGAGCACAGUUGAUUGGGGAAAUAAAGGAAGGUUGGGUUUUUUUACCGUGCUUUUUUUGUGCCUUAAUGUGAAACGCUCACUAUGUUGUAAACUAGGAAGUGAAAACAAAAUAAACUGGAAUAAAAUGCAGGAUUGUAAAAUUGUAUCUUAUAACUUAUUAAAUAGAAAUGUUUGCUUCAUUAAAAUGUGCAUGUUAAAAACAA